AUGAGACUAUCACUCCUCUUACUCUUCGCCAUCGGCGCACAAGCCUCUUGGUUUGGUUCAGAUACUCCAGCAUACCAAAAUUGGGACACCGCCCAGCUCACUGCAUGGCUCAAAGAGCACAACGUCCCUGUGCCCACAGGCGCCUCUACGCAGCAGCAGCUCCAGGACCUUGUCAAGUCGAACUGGGCCGCCGCACAGCAGUACAGCGCAGACUCGAUCCACGCAGCACAACAGUACGGCGCGGACCAGUACAACGCCGCACAGCAGUCCUUCCAGAAUAUCAAAGACGCCGCCUUCGAUACCUGGGACGAGUCUGCUCUCCGCCAGUUCCUACUCGAACAUGGCGUCGUCGCGCCCGCCGGCCCACGCGAGCAACUCGUCCUCCUCGCACGCCAGCAGUUUCGGGGUGCCCAGGAUGCCGCCUCCUCUUUGUCGUACAAGGCCUCGACGGGCAUUUACGGAUCACCUAAUUACCAGGCCUCGCGUUCCGUCAGCUCCAUCAUUGCGCAGGCGACAGCAGAAGUUGGAAAGAAGUUUGACGCUUCCAAGGACUAUGUGUAUUCCACCUGGGACGAGAAUCAGCUCAGGAAGUUUUUGGAGAGCAAGGGCGUGCUCAACAAGAAGCAGCAGGCAACGAAGACCGAGAUGCUCGGUAUGAUGCGCGAUUAUUAUGCUAAGGUCGCGGAUCCUGUCUACUCGACUUGGUCUGACUCCUACAUGCAUGACUGGCUCGUCUCGCAUGGCGUGUACCCGCAGUCAUCGACUCCACCUUCGCGGGCGACGCUCAACGAGCGCAUGCAGCAAUAUUACUACAACACAUCCCAGAAGGUCUGGAACACGUGGACAGAGUCACAGAUGAAGGAAUGGCUCGUCGCGCACGGUGUCAUCAAGAGCGACGCGCAAAUCAACCGCGACAAGGUCGAGCGGCUCAUCGCAAACAAUUACGCGACCGCGAAGGACACCGUGUGGGAUUCAUGGCGCGAUUCGGAUAUCCGCACAUGGCUUGUUGAAAACAACUACGUGAAGAGUCAGGAGAAGGCGAGCAAGAUGACGCGCAAGGAGCUUGUCACACUCAUCAACAGCAAGUACAAUGAUGUUUCGGCGCGCACUGCGCCCUACCUUGUCUGGCCUGAUGCACGGUUACGUGCGUUCCUGCGCGAGCAAGGAAUCUCGGAAGAAGCGUUGCCAACGUCGCGCCCCGGCCUUCUGCAGGAGGCGCGUAUUCGGUAUACGCAGGCACAGACACAUUCCGAGGCGCUGUUCCAUAGGGUGCGCGAGUAUCUGAAUUCAGGGAUCGAAAUUGCGGAGGAGAAGCUAUAUGCUGUGCUACAAAUUUUGACAAGCGGAGCGUGGGACCGAGCGGCGGAU